CUGCCGAGCUUACAACCCCUGGCUGAGCCAGAACGUGCCCCUUCCUGUGGCAAUAAGCUCGUAUGUAUUGUAAUCGCUCCCUACCGCAUCUUUCGCAUCGGGUAUCAUUUCUCACAUGCAUCCUCCUCCACCUUAGGAAGGCGCGGGUGACUCCCAUCACAGCAUAUGUUCCCCGCGCAUCUAUGACAAUCAUGAUUUUUUUAACGGCCUCGCGCCUAGAUAACCAAAUUUCCUUUUCUUUCCAAGAAUUUUUUCGGCACGUCCUAUCCUCUUUUCAUUGAUAUUUGCAACGGCCGCGUCGAGGCAAAGUGGCUUUUUAUCACGCGGGCGUACUUGGUCUGCUACUUCUGCGCUUGCAUUCUCGUUCCUGUUCUUGUUGUUUUGUCCAGACAUCAU